UACAGUCGUAUUCUUCUGCUGAUCACCUACGCCUCUGAGCUUUAUUUCCAAAUAGAACCUUACAAUCCUUAUCCUUCAUAUUUACGAUGAUAAUAUUAUGCUGCUAUCCGUUAAGGGAAAGAGAGCAAACAAAGUCCGUGCUUCUAGAAAGAGCCGCCAUCCUUUAACGGCGCCGCGAUCGCUUAACAUCUUCAGCGUGGGAGCAAAGCAGCCAAGACCAACAAUAUUUGCAAUCUUGAUAUUACUGAUAACCACAAUAAAGAACAAAAAAGAUCGGAUAAGCGAUCGUCAUGGUUAACGAACAGUAUUAGAAAAGCGACAUUUAGAUAGAAGUGACGGUACAAGACGGUGUUAUGCUGUUCCUGGGACAUAUUUCCUUUAAAAUAAAGAAAUCGGCUUUGAGAUCUUCGGAUCAGAGGAAGGUUGUUUAAGGAGCCAAAAAACAGAGAAAGCAUCACACGGCUGGACACCGCUGUUCUUUAAAAAAAGAUUUAUCUCACUAAAGGAUGCAUCUUUUUAGCACGAUUUUUCUACUACUCAUGUUAGGAAUCGGACCGAGUGAGACCCUCUUUCCCAGUCCUGAAGAUGGCUGGCAGAUUUACAGUUCAGCACAGGACCCCGAUGGCAAGUGCAUUUGCACAGUGGUGGCCCCAGCCCAGAACAUGUGCACACGGGACCCCAGGAGCAGACAGCUUCGGCAGCUAAUGGAGAAGGUGCAGAACAUCACGCAGUCCAUGGAAGUUCUGGAUCUCAGAACGUACCGAGACCUCCAGUAUGUCAGAAACACAGAAUCUUUGAUGAAAGUUCUGGACAACAAGCUCAAAGUGGUGUCAGAAAGCCAGAAACCCCUGAACCCCAAGGCCUUCCAGGAGCUCAAAGUUAAAAUGGACGAACUCCUGCCCCUGCUGCCAGUGUUGGAUCAAUAUAAGUCUGAUGCCCGAAUGAUCGUCCAGCUGAAGGAUGAGGUUCGGAAUCUUUCUCUCCUGUUACUGGCCAUCCAGGAGGAAAUGGGUGCCUAUGAUUACGAAGAGCUACAACAACGUGUCCUGAUCCUUGAAGAGAGGCUUCACGCCUGUAUGCAGAAACUGGGCUGUGGCAAAUUGACUGGCGUGAGUAACCCCAUCACAAUCCGGGCAUCCGGCUCAAGAUUCGGCUCGUGGAUGACAGACACCAUGACCCCAAGUUCAGACAGCAGGGUCUGGUUCAUGGAUGGCUAUUAUAAAGGCCGACGAGUUCUUGAGUACCGCUCCAUCAACGACUUCAUGAAGGGUCAGAAUUUUGUACAGCACCUCCUCCCUCACCCAUGGGCUGGCACGGGUCAUGUGGUCUACAACGGCUCCCUUUACUACAACAAGUACCAGAGCAACAUCAUCGUCAAGUACCACUUCCGCUCACGGAGUGUGCUGGUCCAGCGUAGCCUAAACAGUGCCGGCUACAACAACACCUUCCCGUACUCAUGGGGGGGAUUUUCAGACAUCGACCUGAUGACAGAUGAGAAUGGCUUAUGGGCCGUCUACACCACCAACCAGAACGCAGGCAACAUUGUCAUCAGUCGCCUGGAACCCCAGACGUUGGAGAUCCUCCAGACCUGGGACACGGGGUACCCGAAACGCAGCGCUGGAGAAUCCUUCAUGAUUUGUGGCACCCUCUAUGUGACUAAUUCUCAUCUAGCUGGGGCCAAAAUCUACUUUGCUUAUUACACAAAUUCCUCGAGCUACGAGUACACAGACAUUCCUUUUCACAACCAGUACUCGCAUAUAUCAAUGCUGGACUACAACCCUCGGGAGAGGGUCCUGUACACUUGGAACAACGGGCAUCAAGUUCUCUACAACGUCACACUGUUUCACGUGAUAAAGACUUCAGGAGAACUGUAAAUGCUGGGCAGACCGAUGGACUCACAAACCAACGACUAUGUCUCUUUUUUUACGUUUCGGCAUUACUCUUAUUUAUAUAAGAUGGAAAAACAGAAACGAACGAUGGAAAAUAAUUAAAUGAAACAAAUAACAAAAAAUGCUGUUUUAUCUCUCACUCUCUCUCUCUCUCUUUUUCUCUCCUUUUCUUUCACUCUUUCUCUCUCUUUUCUCUGUGGUGCGUACGCAUGGUUCUCUUUAAGUGUGACGAGAAAAAUAAACAUCUAUCUUUGACAAGCUAACUUACUACUUUUGGUACUGUAAAAGUGUUGGGAGGGAUUUUUGAUUUUUCUGGUGGUAAAUUCUACGCCGAACCUCAGAGAAAGAUGGGGAUCCCAGGGACUGAAAAGACUUAGAUCAUCAGCCGGUCAAAGUACACCUGUUCAUGAACGUCUUUGGACAUUUUAUCUUACCAUAAGUGCCAUCUUGUACUCGAAAAAAGAAACGAAAAAAAAUAAAACCUAAAAAACGACAACAAACAGAACUGUUACCUGAGAAGCAUUAUUGUGCAGUCGGCACUGAUCAUUUUUCAAAAGAGGGAUGACAGCAAAAUUCUUACAUAAAUAAAGUGAACAUUUUGAAUAGA